AUGACUGAGUCUUAUGAAACAAAACUAAAAACAUUAUGCAGAAUAUGUGGAGAAAGUGUAGAUAAUGAUAGUGUUCUUUUAACAAAACACAUUGCUAGAAUAGAAUUUUGUUUUUUUAUCCGAAUCGAUAAAGACCACUCAAAUAUACAUCCUCAAAAAAUGUGUUAUAGAUGCUUUUCAAUAUUAAGAAAUAUUGAAAAAGGUUCAAACACUGAACUAAAAUUAAGAUCAUGGCCUGAAAAUUGUAAUCUAACUGAAUGUGUUUGCUUUAAAUCCAAUAAAGGAAGAAAAAAAAAGAAAAAGAUAAGUAGAAGACCUUCGAAAUUGAAAAUACUGCUUGAAGCAGACCAUAUAAAGAAAUCAUUUGGGCCACUUGUAAAAAAACUAGAUAAGGUACUUAAUUCAUUAGGAGUACAAAGACAAGCAUACCACGGGAAAAGUUUUGUUGGUAAUCAUGUUAACAAAAUGUUAAAGGAGAAAAGUAUUCUUGAACUUUGCAACUCCAUACCAAACCUUGUAGUCGAACUUGGGUUCAAUGACACUAAUAUACACAAAGAAACUAUUGAAAUUUGUAAAAACUUCAAGGUACUCUUCUCUAAAUUUGGAAUUUGUCACAAGCUUAUUAACUCCUGCAAUCAGUUCAAUGAAGAUAAGAAACAGGACCUUGAAAAUCAAAUCAAAGAUUUCAUGAAGUACUUUCGUGAAAACUGGCCAAACGCUUCAAUCACACCAAAGCUUCAUAUGCUGGAGUACCAUGCAUUACCUUUCAUUAGAAAAUGGGGAGUAGGACUAGGUACUUAUGGAGAGCAAGGUGGAGAAAGUAUUCAUGCUGAAAUCAACCGUAUGAAGAGUAUCUACUGCCAUAUGAAAGGAGUGGGUAGAUUAAGAAGCAUAAUGAAUGAGCAUUUCAUAAAAAACAACCCAACUGUAAAAAAAUACCAAAAAAAAGCUAAACCAAGAAAAAGAAAAUUGUAG